AAGAAAAAAAAAAUGACAGAAAGACUAUGGUUAGGAAAUGACGGGAAAUAUCAAGUAUAUGCUUCCUAUGUGUGCCUAUUCCAAGAUAAAAAAGUAAAGCUCCGAAAACCAAAUGGUGCAGUGAUUGCUGUUCCUUUGAAUUUACUCUGUGAAGAAGACAUUGCCUUCAUAGCAACACAAUCAGGUCAUUUAAAGAAUGACUCUAUGAUACAAAACGAUCGCCAAAAGAACGAAAAAUAUAUACUACCUACAUUGCAACUGAGUUCCUCACCUGAAUACUCUAGCUCAGAAGGCACAGUUUCAACUGUUGCUAGCAAUAAGGUAUAUAGUGAACAGCGCCUACUAAGUUCGUCAGAGACGCUACAGCAGGUGGUUCCUGUUUCGAAUCAUCAGCAAGUUCGACAUAUGAGCCCUGACGAAUCGAAAAGAAUGAUGCCAAAACGAUCUUUUUCUUCCAUGACAGAACAAUUUAAACGUCAAACGUUCAUUGACAGUCCUUUGACGGAUGCUCACAGCUUGGCUUACCUUCCCAGUAAAGUGAUUGGAGGUUUAUUAUCAUUUUUAGAUACUCGAUCAAGACUUCGCCUGUCUAUGGUCAACCGUCGACUUCAUCGACUUGUAUUUCGACCAGAGACAUGGACAUCUGUUUGGUUCUCUCACCAUGACAAUGGCAUGAUUGAUGAUGCCUUUCUAUACAGACUAGCUGUGUUUCUUCAAAGGCGUGAUUUACACAAUGCGAUCAAGCAUAUGAUCUUGGAUGGAACCAAUGUGACCGCAUCCUCUAUCUUAUUGGUCGUUAAGCACCUUGAAAAUGUGGAAACACUAUCGAUCCAGUCGUGUUGGAAGAUACACACAUACGAACUGGCUACAGAACUCACUCGUCUAGCAAAAUCAUCCAAGCGAUACAGCUGCAAAAUAUCUCGGGUAACAAUUGGCAAGGUGCUUCAUCGAGGGCCCACUCAGUUGGAGCAACAUGAAGCACCUUUAGAUAGCAAAUCAUUUGGACAAGAUAUCUGGUACAUCAAUGCUGGAUUGAACAGACUCUCGAAUAAGAAUGUUGUGUUUGAUGUAGCUCUCUGUAAUACUUGCCACGUUGGUGCUGCUGGUCAAGAGUUUCAUUGCAUAUCCUGUGGAAUAUUACCAUUGUUUAAAUGUGCAGGCUGUGCUCCUCGUUGUGAUAGAUGCGGAAGUAGAAGCUGUGGAUUACCUACCUGUACAGAUCCUAAACUGAAGGUGGAUGUGACUCAAUGUGGUCGAUGUCGUCUGCCUCUAGCUUUGUGCAAUGAUAUCUCAAGUGCCAGUUGUCAACAAGCUCGUCAACCGUGUGCUCAGUGCCAUGGCUUAUUCCAUGUUCGCUGUAGAACAAACGAUGGCGCAUAUACCUCUAACCAGUGCUCAACAUGUGGAACAGUGGCCUGCCCUAACUGUGAGCUGAUUAUAUGUGCAGGAAAGUGUAAAGGCCAAUGGUGUAGACAUUGUGUUACAAACGUCAAUAUUGCCCACUGCAAGUGUAUUGUUAUUCAUGGCAAGGCAAACCAUGCCACCAAGACACUUGGUAAAAGAUUUGUCUGUGGACAAUGUCAAAGGACAUGUCGGUGUGGUAUCGGUCAUUUUUGUGAUAGAUGUUUACAAGUUCAUUCAGAAAAGUGCCAACCAAGCUAAAUAUCCCAUGCACAACAUAAUAUACCCCACUUUAUAUCAUAUUAUCUGAUUCGCUCGAUGUACAGAAUAAGAUCAUCUCAUAACUUUCUUCAAGCGUGGGACCCAACAGAAAUUGUUAUUAAAAAAAAUGGCGUCUUUUUACCUAAUAAAAAAGCGUG